AUGGAGCGGGCGCUGGGGCUGCCCGCAGAAGAGGACCUCUUCCACAAGAGCCUCGCCGCCUCGGCCAAGCGCAUGGAGUCCGCCUUCCGCUCGCCCCCGGGGCUCGACCUCUCCCACCCCCGCGACCGGCAGCCCUCGCCGCUCGCCUGCUACGAGGCGUCGGAGCCCGAGGCGCUGCUGCAGCCCGGAGUCGGCGGCGACCCGCUGGCGCUGCCGCCGGGCUCCGUCUGCGUCAAGUACGGCGAGAGCGCCAGCCGCAGCUCGGUGGCCGAGAGCAGCGGCGGCGAGCAGAGCCCCGACGACGACAGCGACGGGCGCUGCGAGCUGGUGCUGCGCGGCGCCGGGGGGGACCCGCGCGUCGGCUCGCCGGCGGCGGGCGGCGGCGGAGGGGGGGGCGGGGGGCUGAAGGCGGCCGAGGGCAGCUGCUCCAACAGCCACGGGCACGGCGGCAGCAAGAAGUCCAAGGAGCAGAAGGCGCUGCGGCUCAACAUCAACGCGCGGGAGCGGCGGCGGAUGCACGACCUGAACGACGCGCUGGACGAGCUGCGGGCCGUCAUCCCCUACGCGCACAGCCCCUCGGUGCGGAAGCUCUCCAAGAUCGCCACGCUCCUCCUGGCCAAGAACUACAUCCUGAUGCAGGCGCAGGCCCUGGAGGAGAUGCGGCGCUUGGUGGCUUAUCUCAACCAGGGCCAGGCCAUCUCGGCCGCCUCCCUGCCCAGCUCGGCCGCGGCGGCGGCGGCAGCGGCGGCGGCGCUGCACCCCGCCCUCGGCGCCUACGAGCAGGCGGCCGGCUACCCCUUCAGCGCCGGGCUGCCCCCCGCCACCUCCUGCCCCGAGAAAUGUGCCAUCUUCAACAGCGUCUCCUCCAGCCUCUGCAAACAGUGCACGGAGAAGCCUUAAGCGCCGCCGCCUUGUCCGUCCCCGGCCGCCGCCGCGGCCCC